AUGUCGGAGUCCGGUGUUCACAAAUUGAUGAAGGAAAGUACCAAAUCGGCGAGCUCUUCCUCUGGUCAGGGCAAACUCAUCGGCAGGAGAGGAGUCUCAUCGGCCAUCUCCACCGUCGUUAGGGGAACGAUUCCUCUCACUCGAGGCGAUCGAGGAAAAGCUAUCGCCACCAAUUUGGUUUCCAAAACAAUAGCUUACACAUUAUAG